CUGUUUUCAUCUCAAAUUCAUCACGUGGAAGUUAGGAAAGCUUGUGCCUUGUUUAUGAGGCAACACCAGUAUAAGUUUGACUCUUAUGUGGAAGGAUCAUUUGAAAAAUACCUUGAACGACUAGGAGAUCCAAAGGAAAGUGCUGGCCAGCUGGAAAUGAGUGCUCUAUCUGUGAUGUACAAGCAAGACUUUAUUCUGUACCGGUACCCUGGGAAGCCACCCACUUAUGCUACAGACAAUGGCUUUGACAACAAGAUUUUACUGUGUUGUUCCGGUAACAGCCACUAUGACUCUGUGUAUACCAAAAAAUUCCACGAAAAUGCUGCUAUUUGCCAGGCUGUAUUAUAUGAGAUCCUGUACAAAGAUGUGUUUGGCAUGGAUGAGGAAGAAUUAAGGUCUGCAGUUGAGGUGUUUCGAAGUGGAUCCAAGAAGAACAGAAACAGUGGCUCUUUAGGAAGUGAGGAUGCACACUUUGAUUGUCUUCAUGAGAAAGUACCCAGAAGUCCAUCUGAAAAGAGAGUGGACAGCUGGGAAGGCAAUGAUACUGACAAUCCACAGGAAGAUAAGUUCAAACAAGGCUUUGAAGAAGAAAAGCCUCUGGAAAACCCAUCCAAGAUGCCUGUUCCUUAUAAAGUGCUAAAGGCACUGGACCCUGAGAUCUAUCGAAACGUGGAGUUUGAUGUUUGGCUGGACAGCAGAAAAGAGCUUCAAAAAUCUGACUACAUGGUGUUUGCUGGGAGACAGUACUAUUUAGGAGACAAGUGUCAGGUACGUCUGGAGCCUGGAGGUAAGUAUUACAAUGCUCACAUCCAGGAGGUUGGACAGGAUGGCAACACGUUGACUGUAUUCGUUGAGGAGCUGGCAGAAAAGCAUACAGUUCCUUUGGCAAACUUAAAACCAGUGACACAAGUGGCACCUGUCCUUGCUUGGAAUAUGGUUCCCAGCCGAAAAGGAGGAACCUAUCAGAAAAUAGCAGGUGGAUACUUCUCAGGAAUAGAAAUGGAUCUGAAAACACGGAAGAGAAUGCUUAAGAAAGUCCGUGGAAAGGAAGGUGGUGGAAACGUGGCACCUUAUGAACCUUACCACCCUCAGCAGCCUCCUCCGAGAUACGGCCGUGGAUUUGGGAUGCCGAGGGGAUCUGCCCGAUUUAUAAACAGGCACAACAUGGUUGACCCUCAAAUAGCAUUCUACCCCAGUCCAGGGAAGAGAGGCUGUCAGAGCUAUGACACUUUCUCCUGCAGGUCCUGCUCAUACAGCCGUAGCCGUCGUCAGAUGCAGUGUGUGAAUAAAGACUGUCAGUUUGGGUUUGUACCAGGGAAUGGAGAAGAGCCUCAAGAACAAGAAGAAACUAUAACUUUCUAUGAAGUUGAAGGAGAGGAUGACACUGCAUUUCCUACUUUACCAAGCCAGGGUAACCCUCCUGCCAUUGUCCAUGGUCCAGCAGGAUUUUGGGUAGCAAGGGGUGCCACAAACUCUGUUCCACCUAACAAGCAGACCCUGAAUUCCUCAGAGGAGGAAGAAGAAACAAGUGACAAUGGUAAGUUCUUAAAGGAUUAUUUGCUGUGCCAUCACCCUUGUGAUAGCUUGGGGAGAUUUAAUGAAGAAUAUAUCUAUGCACCUCCAGCAGUUUCUUCAGUUCCAUUGCCCGUUUAUUCACCGCCUCUGCCUCCAGUCAGCGAAGUGGGAGAAGCUGGUGCUGUUCUUCCACCUUACUCUUGUGAUCCCAGUGGCAGUGAUCUGCCUCGAGACACCAAGGUCUUGCGGUAUUACUUUAAUUUGGGAUUGCAAUAUUGUCAUCAGAGCUAUUGGCCUUCCAUGGUGUAUGUACAGCCAGUGCUGCCACCAUCACCUGUGGAGGUUUUCCCAGCAUACACUGAGCCAGCACCUGUCCUGGACCAGCCAGUAGCUCAGCUCUACACUGAUGCUGGGAGAGCUGAAGUCCACCAGGUUCCCUUGGAAGCACCUGCAAAUGGUAACUUCCAAAAUGCAGAGCCUCCAGCCCUGUCCUAUGGGCCAGUGUAUUACCCAGUGGUGUCAGACCCCUUCAGCCAGCAGCCUGUUCCUGCCUUUGAUCCUCUGGUACCUGCCUAUCGCUACGUUAGCACCUGGCAGCCAGUAAGUCCACAGUAUGGAACUUCUCCCCAAAUUGCUGCUCCUGUAAGUCCUGGACCACUGCACCAAGUCAGCUAUAUUGCCUCAACCAACCCUUCACCUCAUGAUGUGCCUCAAGGAAUGUAA